GGGGGAGAGAGAGGAAGAGAGAGAUAGAGGACCGAGAGAAGAGAGAGCUUGUGUAUUUGUGUUCGUAGGAGGCUGUGCUGCUCAGACAUUUUCGUCAUCGAUACAAUCAGAAUAUAUUGGUACUGGCAUAAAACCACAAAAGUUGCGAACUGUCUAACCACUCGACAUGGACUGUCACAUCGAGGAGUGCGGCCAGCCUCAGGAGGAGGAGGAUGUUAUGGACAUCCCACUGGACGACCCCGAGGCCAACAAGGCCGCCGCCAAGAUCCAGGCGGGCUUCCGCGGUCACAUGACCCGGAAGAAGAUGAAGGACGACAAGCCCAGGGAGGAGGUGAGCAGCAGUGGCGAUGCCCUCAACGGCAGCCGGAGGGACUCAGAGCCAGCAGGAUCAGAAGGAGUAGAGGCAGACGACACUGCAGCCCCUGAACAGUGAGGUUCAGACCCUAGCAGACAGCCACACAUCGACUGCAAUAACCACACCCCUCCUUCGGAAGAACAACCCUACAGACGUACAGUACACCUGGGGGCCAUCGUACCAUCAGAACUCUCACACAGCAUGCAUUUUUAAUACUAUCGGUGCACUCAUCACGUACUGUGUAAAAACAGCAACAAAUUAAAAUAAGGUUUCUUACAGACACAUUAUUGGUAUAAGCAUAAUCAUUUGGAAAAUGAUUGAUCAUUUUGAUGAUAUUCUGUCUGGUGUUCACCUACUCAGCUACUUUGAAGCUUAUAUACAAUUAUGCAUCUAAAGGAGAUAAGUGAUAAGUACAACUAUCUUUUCUAAGUUAAUGUGUUAAUCUGUCUUGAUGGUUCAAUGAAUGGAUCAAUUUCUGUGUGACCCAAUGCAAUUAUGUUUCUGUCAUUAUUUUAUCCCAUACUAUAUUUAUUUGAGUGUUUGCGUAGACCAGUUUUGUGUUCUGAUAGAUUUUAUUUUUCCCCACCUGUAUUUCCAUGUUUUAAAAAGUGAACAGUCCUGUAAUGAGCUUCAACAACAAGAAAAUCUGUUCAGAACCAUUUGGUCACACAGCAGAUAGUCUGUUUUCACAACAGUUUCCACAAUCAUUUCAGAAGGUUUCCAAAACACAGCAAACAGUAUUCUCCCCCAUCAAGCAACCUUCCAGGAUAACAGCAUGCACUUUGUUUUUUUUUUUUUGUAAAUGUAGCUACUAUCCAUACAGAAGUACUAUUUUGAAUUCCUCCGUGUUUCUGGGUACCAGGAAAGUGUGCUGUGUAUGUGUAUGUUGAUAUGAAUCUGCCAUUUCCAUUGAAGCAGGUGGAUCAGAAUGCAAAUGUGUUGAAUGAUCUAGAUUUGCUACAUCAGCAUGCUGCAUGUCCCAAAUGAUACAAGACGUCUGUUACCUGUUGCAACUUUGUAAUGAUGUAACAGCUGUGGAAAAUGAAUAAAUGACUACA